AUGUUUUCACUGGAUUCGGGAGAAAUUUGUCAUGCAAAUACCGCUGAUUCUGUAUCACAUCAUAUCGAACAGUGCUGCUUAGUAUUUUUGAAGUCACUAAUGGAUAUCGGCAAAAAUCCAAAUGGACACAUUGUAUUAUCCAAUCCACGUGCGGCUGACGAUAAAGGAUAUAAGUUGAAGUUAACUCCAAAAAACUGCCGAUGGAUUGCUCAAAUGAUACGAACGAUUUCAAUGAUACAUCAGUUGCGAGUGUUAAAGGUUUAUAAGACGAAACGCGAUCUUUUUUACGAGCAAAAAAAUUUGUUUGGUGAGCAGCGUAAUUUGAAUAGCUCUAUUAAUAGAAUCUGUUAUUGGCUUGGGAUGGAUCCGACUUCUGGAUAUUUGCUAUCAUCUGGUCAUGGGCUCGUAAUUGGCCAGUUAAAAAUUUGUGGAAGCACUGGAAUAGUGGAUUGUUCACUCAAAGCUGCUAUCAUUGAUGACUUUUCUUGUGCAAGUCUUUUUACUACAGCGCAAUGCAUAUUAGUGGUCGAAAAGGACGCUACAUUUCAAAAACUCAUUGGCGAAGGAUUUCUGAGACUUUUCCCCAAUGUACUUCUUGUGACGGGUAGAGGUUAUCCAGAUAUUGCAACGCGAAUUAUGUUAAAGAAACUGAGCAACCUUCCAUUAUUUGGCUUGUUGGAUUGCGAUCCACAUGGUAUUGAAAUAGCGAUGACAUAUAAAUAUGGUAACUGUAGUAAAAAGUUUGAUGUGGAAAACCGAAAAUUAUCUCAUUUUGAAUGGAUCGGAUUGUCACGUUGCAAAUUACCGAAGUUUGUUAUUUCGGCUGUACAAUUUCUUCCUCUUCAAAAUCGUGAAUUAGCAAAAUUGGAAAAGCUCACUCAAAGAACCGCCACUUUGGGAAAUGAAGCACUUCUAGAAGAACUGGUAAGAAUGCGCCAAUGUGGUAACAAAUUAGAACUGGAAGCAGUAAGUGGCAUUGCACCUGGAUCUAUGUGUCAGUAUUUGCUUCGAACUAAACUGUGCAAAUAUGCUGUUGUUGGGGAAAAAUUAGCCUGA